GCUGCCGCUGAUCAAGAACCUAGUUGAGCUGCAGGACAGUUUGACCAGCUUAGAAGGAGGCAUUGAGAGCGAAUACGCAGACCUCCGGUCGGUGCCGGCCGAGAAGCGCAAGCAGAUGCUCGAAGGCAUGGAAUCCAAGCUUACGCAGAUCAAAGGCGAGUAACGACCUUGAUGAUAUGCGAAUCGCUCGAGGAACAGUACAAGCUAUUUCAAAAGACGAUCGCAAUGAGGCCAUCGGACGAAUACCGAAUCGAGAUCCAGGGCGAAUCUGCCGGGUCAUCCAGCCAGUACAGCAACUACCAAAUGGAGCAUAUCGACGAGUCCAUGCAGACGUACUCGACAAUGUUCAUUGGACAAGAGCACUUCAACUAUGUUGGGCAUACGGAUGUCCUUGGCCCGGUCAUCAUCUCGAUCAAAUUCGAGAGCAAAGAAACCGAAGGGCCUCGUUGGCGCGUGAUACUGCGGCAAAAGGAGAAAAAGAACAGCAUACAUUUCAUUUAUGAGAAGGAUGUUGUCAGCAAAUCGGUGAUCAAGAGCAAAUCUUCAACGGUCAAGCAAGUGCUGCAGAUGAUCCAUCACAGCAUCAACCCAUCAAAACUCGUCAAGGUCAUAGACAAGGCUAUCGAGAAGCGGCUAAAGAGUCUUGACGAGAUGCAGCUGUCGUUCAAGUACAAGUUUGGCUUGCUCCUGUGCAAAGACGGGCAGACACGAGAGGAAGAAAUGUUUUGCAACGAGAGCUCUACACCGUCAUUUGACCGCCUGAUUUCGUUGCUUGGAAAUGUCAUCCGACUCAAGGGCCACAGUGGGUUUGCUGGAGGACUCGACGUCAAGAACGACCAAACUGGAACGCUCUCCCUCCACAGCUACUGGAAUAAGUUCGAAGUGAUGUUCCACGUGUCCACAUUUAUACCGUUUAUCGAGGGAGAUCCCCAGCAGAUCCAGAGGAAGCGGCAUAUUGGAAACGACAUUGUCUCGAUUGUGUUCCUGGAUGGAGGGGGACAGUUUGAUCCCAGGUGCAUCACAUCGCAGUUCCUCCACAUCUUUAUCAUCAUCAUGGAGGACCCGCAAUACGAGCGGGACGGCGUCGUUCCCUAUCGCGUGAGCGUUGCUAGCAACAGAAAUGUGCCUUCGUUUGGGCCGAAUCUGCCAUGCCCGCCUCUGUUCUGGUCCAAGGAAGCCCUCAGGCACUUUAUCCUGGCGAAAGCCAUCAACGGCGAAAAUGCGGCCUACAGUGCCCCCAAAUUCAGCAAGCCACACACGCGCGCUCGCAACACUCUCUUUGACGAGAUCGUGACCGAGUACCAAGCCAAGUCCAACUCGACGCCAUCGUCACCGCUGCUGAAGCACAAGAGCGGUAAGGAUAGAGACAAAGAAAAGGACAGGGACAAAGAUAAAGAAAAGGACAAGGAAAAGGACAAGAUAUGUGCAUCAGUAUCCAAAUCCAGGAUUGCCACGAUCGAAGUCCAAAGGCCAAACUAUGUCGUUCAGUCAGCAAAGGAGCGAGGCGAGCCCGAGCGAAGUGCGAGUGUUGCGCUGCAUCUCGAAUCGCCCCGGACAAAAAACUUGAGUCGGUCAACAGAUCUACCAGAGGGCAGUGCAGCAUCCCUUCGCUCCGAGUCGUUCAACGGUCUUCUCGGCAGUAGCGAUGGUCUUCGGCGACGGAGUCGCUCUCUGUGCUCGUCAGACGACUUUGAUAGAGCACCGCCCGAUGGCAUCUAUUCGAACAACGAGCCCAGAAACACUUCAAACGAUGGGGCGCCCAGCUCCAAAGAUGACGAAGGACCAGGAUCCCGGACGCCGGGUGAGACCCGGAAACGCUUUGGUUUUCGAGUCGCCAGCCGGUCCAAGACCGCAUCCUGCACCAAAGCGCAGCCAGAAUAGAGCACCCGAGCGGAUUGAGGCUGCUGGCUCGAGAGCCAAUAAUGUAUGAGGCUCGGUACAGAUGGCAGCCCUGCUCGCGGCAGUGAAUGGGAACGAGUAUCUCCCUCUCGCUCAGAUCGAAUAUCAAUUGCAUCGACCACUG